ACCAACAACCCGUUCUAUUAUUCCUACCUCGUCAACACUCGUCUCUGAGGGUAGAUCCUCAUCCCUACUGCCAACUAUACUAAGGACCAUCAAUCCAGUAUGAUGGUCGAUGGAAACCACUACAAGUCACUCCAACCGGAAUCGUACAAACCCUCGAUUUCCUUACGUCCAAGGAAAAAAAAAACAUUCGAUCGUUACGCUCGUCCCAAUCUACAAAAAAAAAAAAAAAAAAAAGACAGGCCAUUAAGCACAUUGAAAACAAUUGCCGAGCGACCCGAUCACUCCGAUGAUCUCUACCACAAUAGACCUUCGUUCCAGUCGUCAAUCAAGUCAAGCUCCCUCUUGUUACCACUGCCAUGUCCCCCGCUACAGUACCUUUCAUUUCCUUCUACCAAUAUGAGACGACUUAAAAAUGAGUGUCCACCAUUAGACUGGAUGACCUUCAGCCUUGCUCGCAUUGAACCAACCAAACGAUCUGGUAUCUCGGCACCAAUGCUGUUCCAUACACCCUCGAGGAUCCUCUUGAGUUCAUCGAUACUCGUUGGUUUGUGACCGGCCGUGUUAAGGCGAUCCGUGAGGGUGGAUCAAAGGUUCUCGAUUGGGUUCAAGUUUGAUCCUCCUAAUAAAUCCGGCACUUUUGAUGUCUUCAUCUCCAGAAAAACCAGAUUGGACGUGCGUUGUCCACCAAG